AAACAACCGAUUGCAAACCGGAACAUGACGUCAUCUUCACCGUCUCCACAAGCCUCGAUGCUUUUGUACUGGCACGAGAACAAAUACGACGACCGCACCUUCCAGAUUCAUGGCCGGACACUCUUCUUCGCCAUGGCUCUAUUCUCCGUCGUCCUCUUCUUCGCACUACUCACUCUCUACAUCCACCGGAACUGCCUCCCCCGAGAUUCUCUUAAUCUCCACUCGCCCUCUCCUGAUCAACGCACAUGUUGUGCUAGUGGAGGGCUUGAUCCGGCGACGAUUCGGAGCUUGCCGGUGGUGCUUUGCAGGAGAGAAGCGGCGGAGGAGGAGGAGAAUGAGUGUUGUAUAUGUCUAGGUGGCUUAAGACUGAGUCGAGUUGUCCGCUCUGCCGAGUCUCCAUCCGAGUCGACUCGUCAAGCUAAUGAGACAGCUAGAGUGAUAAAUCCGAGGAGUGAAGGGUUUAUCUUCUGUGAAUUCACCAUGAGGGCUAAGUGGAAGAAGAAGCGUAUGAGGAGAUUAAAGAGGAAGAGACGAAAGAUGAGACAGCGAUCUAAGUAGAGUUUCGAACAAACCUGGUUUUGUGUUUUCUUUUGUUUUUAAAUCAACUCUGUUCUGAGUUUCAGUUUGAAUGUAUCGUUGGACCAAAUUUAAUGGAAGUUAUGUUUUAUUACAUGGAAAAAAUCAAUCUUCUAAUGUUGAUGUUCUACAAUCUGCUUUAUUAUAAUUUUGAGAUGCUCUUAAGUUAGAUCAUGGUGAUUGUUUGGGGUGUUGAUGAUUGGGAAUACAAAGGGAAGCAGUAG